AUGAAGACGAUGAUGAAGGCUCUCCUCCUCGGCCUCGUGGUGGGCGUGGCCUGUGCCGACGUCGACCCCACCCAGGUCUCUGGGCUCUGGCGUACCGUCGCCAUUGCCUCUGACAACCCCGCCCUGACCGCGGACGGUGGCCCCCUGCGGGUGCUGCUUCGCAACAUUCAGUGCGACGAGGGCUGCAAGGCGCUGACCAUCAGCUUCUUCGUCAGGGAUAACGGCGUCUGUGUCCUGCACACAGUUGUGGCCCAGAAGAAUGCGGACGGCGUCUACGCAACCGACUUUGAGGGCCAGAACUACUUCAAGUUCCUGGAACAGGACAACGGCCACAUUGACUUUCUCAGCCAGAACGUGGGCGCCGACGGCACUGUCACCCGUGUUACCCUCGCUGCCGCCCGGGACCAGGAGCUGAGUGACGAGCACCUGGCACGGUUCACGGCGCUGACGGAGGAGAACGGGAUCCCCCGGGAGAAUGUGGAUCGUGUGGCCGGCACAGAGAUGCCCAGAGACCCCAGAGAAGCUGAGACCCUGAGAGACCCCCAGAGAUCCCCAGAGACCCCCAGAGCUACCAGAGACCCAUGGGACCCCCAGAGAACCCCUGAGACACCAAGAGAUGCAAGGGACCCCGAGUGA